UGCCCAAAAGCUUAUCUUAUUUCUGUUGGUUACGCACCGCUGAUUCGCAAUGUUUGUCAUCACUUCAAGACGUCUACCGAUUCGUGAAAAAGGCCUAUUAUGUAUUAUAUAGUACAAGGAUCUACUACUAGCAACUAGGCCCAGCUAGUAUAAAAAAAAUUGUUGAAUGAAGUAGCAAUAUCAUCCGUACAUAAAUGUCACUAAUAGAAGAUCUGCCAUGGGAGGAUGUCAUCAUAGCGAGAAUCCUGUCAUAUUUUUCUUUGAAGGAAGUCUUUCGUCUUCGUCAAAUCUGCAAGGACUUUCGAGACAUCGUAGACAUUUAUCUUGAGCGUCUGCAGUCUAUAGACCUAUCCAGUGUCAAAAACAAAAUAUCGGUCGAAACUUUCCAGUCUAUUACAAAAUCAAGAUGCUUACGGGAAUUAAAACUCGGUGGACUUAAGUGGUUGAAAGAUGAAAAUAUUCUGCAUGUCAUCGAAGGCAAUCAACUUUUAGAAUCAAUAGAUUUGUCAGAUGGAUUAAGUUUAUCAGGAGUGACGAUACAAGCGAUCGCAGUGAACUGUAAACUGUUACAUACACUGCUGCUGAAGAACUGCCAUUGGCUUCAGUCACCCAUAUUGGAGAUGUUAUUGUUACAGUGUGGAAAAUUGACACAUCUGGACUUGACGGCUUGUUGGGAGCUGACUGAUGAUACAGUGUUUGUUAUAUGCAGUACGCAGAAAAACCUGAAAUGGUUGUCCCUAGCCAAGAUCUAUGGAAUAACUAACAGAUCAAUACAAAUAUUACAGAACAAUAAGAUAGAAUAUCUGGAUAUUGAGGGUUGUUGGAGGAUUACCAAUCCAUUCAUAAGGAGCCUUGGAGCUAACUGCCCAGAACUUAAAGAACUACAUGUUAACGACUGCAAGGCUAUAAACGAGGCCAGUCUGGCACGAUUACGCGUUCGGGGCGUGAAGAUUGAUACUAAGCCACCGCAACGACUCCAACAGGCUGUCGGCGCUAUGGGAAUGCGUAUCAAUCUUGCACUUUAAUUAUGUCUGAUAAUAACUACAGUAGCACAAUGGUGCAAUCUUGAUCUACUGAAUAUUUGGGUCAUGAUUUUUAUUGUUUUUCUAUCUCAAAUAUUUAACACUAUUUACAUACCACAUUAACAAAAAUUUGUUACCAAGUGUCAUAUCAACUGAAACAGAAAUCAAAAGCACAAAACCAAAGUUUGAUAAUUGUAUGUUGCCGCCUCUCUUGUUUUUUGGCAUCUACAGGAUACAAAUCCUGAAAUCCAGAUACUCAUUAUAUAGAAGUGGUGUCCGUUUCAGUGUUGUUAAACACUCUCUGUAUUGCAACCACUUAUUUGCCAGGCGGCUAUGUCAGUAAAAAGCAAUACUAUAUUGCACUAACUGCCUAUCCACCUCUUUGUGUGAUUUCUCCUUCGGUCAUACCUAACCCUAAUAUCCAGUCCUGCAUUGGCAUUGUUUUGCUUUGCAAUGCAUGGCCUUUAUUGUCUCUGUGCUGCUUUUAAGUCUCAGACCACCUCAGUUACCACUUCGUCUCCAGCAUGGUCACAAAUCAACUACUUGGGUCUACUGUAUGUCGUACAACUCUAUGGAUAAUGUUAUCGCCGAUGUUCAACAUCCCUUUUUUAGAGCAAGCUUGUUUGAACUAUUGUUGAUAUGAUAAACAAUAGAUUGUUGAUACGACUACCCUCAGUAUUCAUGCAAUGCCAUCACACCAACAUCAUAUUCCCAGGUUACCAUGAAGUACCUGUGAAACAGAAUGUCACACCACAAAAAAAAAAAUGAAAUGUUGCCAGUUAGGCUACUGUUUGUCCUCAAUGCCAGGUCCAAGGUGCUGUGAAAUUUCAUUCCAUUGGAACAUAUCUAGGUAUCAUUUGUCCCUCCAACAUUAAUUGGCAAGCCUUGAGUUUUUUUGUUUGUUUUUUAUCAUAUACAGUACAAUGGCAUUCCAGCGCUAGACUAGAGGCUACCUAGAUACAUGCUUGUUUGAAAGGAGAGCAGCCCACUGCCUCAGAAGGGCCUCUUACUCAAAUCAUUUUGAUGAUCUGGACAACCUCAUGGUAGAAAUUUAUAUAAUGGAAAUAACUUUCCACUGCUUAAAAUCAAGACCAAAAUUUUUAAGUUCCAUACCAUAUUACACACAAUUACUCUGCAUCUCACAGCUCCCCCUCUUGUCAUCCUGGCAUUUGAGACAGCGGUGGUACCAGAAAUUUGCUGGAAAGGGGUUUGACAGGGCCUCGGUUGACAGCCCGGAAUAAAACAGUUCUAGGUAGGGUUCACAGGGAGAGUUUGGAUUAGUAUGGAUUAGUUUAUGGAUUAGUAUGGGACAAAUCCUCCACAAGGGGGAGACAAAUCCUCCCAGCCCCCUGCUGGCGUCAUCGCUUAUUUGAGCCACUGGCUGCUCCCCUCUCUUAGAGAGAUGAGGUUGCUUUGUUUUUCAACAAUUUUAUACUGUAUAAUGAUUUUAAUGGACUGUCCCGAGUUUACUCCGAAAUUCCUUAUUCAGGAAACGCGCAAAGGUGCGAAGUGUGGUCAGCAGUGACUGGAAUAAGUUUAAUUCACAACAUGACCCCCAAGGUUGACCCUGAAAACAACUGCUUCAAGGUGCUUAACUUUAUUACAAAUUUUAAAUUUUAAAAGUUUUGUUUUUGUUUUAAUUCAAAUAAUCUACAAGUUGUUUAUAUAAAAUGUAGAUUUUAAUUAUUUAUUAAUACUAAUUAUCUAAAAAGUUGUUAUAUAUAUUAUUUCAAUUUGUAUUUAUUAUAUUAAUUUCAAAGUGUCCAAAAAGUAUGACAACCCGGAUGUGCUGAUAAUCAUGUGGGAUCAAACUGCAGAUGUUGCAUAGACAAAUUUGGGUUGGGGAGGCAGCAGCCAGCCUGGGUCCCGUAAAUUUUUCAAAAUUAAAAAAAAAAUUUGGGGGAAAAGAAAAUUGCAUUCAUAUUUGUAGGCUAAGGAGUGCCAUUUCCAGUCAUCUAGAAGUGCACAGACAUAAAAUGUCAUACUUCAGCCGCAACCACGGUGGGGCUGAGGUGGUCUGGACCCACCAUCUAUAAAAUUAACUUUCUGGGCGUUCUAUACCAAAUGCCUGGAUCCCCUACUGUGAUGUGCUGUAAAGUUACCUCUGCACCCACUCUACCCCUAUCAAAAUCAAUUUUGAUGACACUUGUGAGUGUAUUGUUUCAUAAUAAUUUUUGUCACCUACGUAUCUCUGUUGUAUCAAAUAUGGUAUACGCUAAUGAAGUCUACACAGUACACAAAAUAUUUGUGCCUAAUAAAUUUGUUCCAAAAAUA